AUGGCUUUUGCGAGCAGUGCUGCGGCUUUUGGCAUUAAGCCUGCCGGGACGUCUACCUUUGGUCAAAGUAACACGGCCAAUACACAAAAUCCUCUUUUUGGAGGCUCGCAGCCUGCAAACACAACCUUUGGUGCUCUUGGCUCGCAGCCACAGAACCAGAACCAAUCUCAGGGAACGUCACUGUUCGGGGCGCCACUGGGACAAAACCAGAACCAGCAGCAACAAUCGCAACCAACCCAAGGAAAUCCGCUCUUCGGCAACGGAAGCAUGUUCGGGCAGACACAACAGCCUCAACAAACCCAAUCCACGAGUCUGUUUGGCCAACCUAGCUCAAAUACGCAACAGCCGGUGGCGAGUAGCGGUCUUUUUGGCCAGUCGACUACCAACUCCCAGCAGCAGGCCCCUGGUGCAAGUUUGUUUGGACAGCCGUCUACGAAUACGCAACAGAAGAGUACUUUUGGGUCUUCUUUAUUCGGCAACACACAAGCCCAGCAGACUAACUCAGGCCAGCAGCAGGGGGGAGCGGGCGGAUUGGGCGCGUUUGGGGGAAACACGAACACAGGAUCAACAUUGGGGCAGACCUCAGCGGCUGGCUCAACCGGGUUCGGCAAUUGGGGCUCGGGCACAUCAAAUCCGCUCCUUGGUCAGCCAACACAAGCUGCGGGAGGCCUUGGAGCAUCAACAUUUGGAUCUUCCGCCACUGGUUCUGGUUCUAUUUUUGGUAGACCAGCGCCUCAGCAGCAGCAGCAGCAAUCAUUUGUCGGAAAUCAGUCUGGUGGACCUCCGCCCUUCACGAGGCUGACCAAAUUCAAUGAUCUCCCCGAUGAAAUCAAGAAGACGCUGGAAAAUGUCGAUGCAUUGAUCCAAGGCCGAAUACAAAUUAGUAACGAUUUGAAGCAGCGAAAGGUAGGGCAAGAAGCAGUGAAAGGCCAGGACGGUGUUCGCAGUGUACACAAAGACCUCGUCAGCGCGAUCACGACUCUUCACUCUGACGUGCUCCACACACGCGAUCUAAAAAUUAAAGUUGACCAGACAGUGCAAGAUACUAUUGUUGCGACUCGUCUCGUUGACGGGUUCCGAAAUCCUCAACAACAUGGGGCCUAUUUGAAGAAUUAUGCUGACUUUCCACUGGAAUUCUUCGCUCGAGUAACUGAGCAAAUGAAGGAACGUCUAAGAUGGUACCAGAAAACUAUUGAGCAAAUCGAGCGUAAAUUGUCUUCCGCGGCAGCGCAAUCGCAGUUCACACCACAGGCAAUCACGUCUACCCUCGAAGCACAGCACGCUACAUUCAUUGCGCUAGCAAGCAAGACAGCAGCACUCGAUGCAGAGCUGCAGAAGAUUAAGACAUUGUAUACCCAGUUGUGGCGCGCUAAAACUGGCAGCAUGCGCGAUCCUUUCUUUGAUCUAGAUCGUGGUAGUGUGGGCGACUUUGGAUUGGAUAGUAUCAGUGGAAAUGGCGGCUGUGUGAGCACAAGGCCUCCUGAUCAAGAACAGGGAUGGCACCACGAGGGCCCUUUACCAUUUAAUCCCUCGACGAGCACGCUGGCUCCCAGCCUUCCCUUGUCCGAUAUGUGGCUUUCGUCGGCGUGGCUCCUGCUCGUACUCGGCUCGCGUGCGCUCGCCGCUCCCGCUGGCGAAUGCAAGUCGAAGCUGAAGGAAAGCGUCUCCCCGCCUCGUGGCUGGACGAAAGUGAGGCCUGCGCCGGCCGAUCACACGAUUGAGCUGCGCAUCGGUCUACCACAGUCCAACUUCCGCGAGCUUGAAACACACCUUGACGAGAUCAGCGACCCGCUCCAUGAGCGAUAUGGCGCACACUUGUCCAAAGAAGAGGUAGAAGACCUCAUUGCUCCCCCUUCGGACAGCCUCCGGUUGGUGGACGAGUGGCUUGCUUCCAGUGGUAUUUUUGAAGACCAGCUCUCCCGUUCCUCCGCCAAGGACUGGAUCAUCGUUAAGGUUCCGGUCAGCUUGGCGGAAACGAUGUUGGAAACUGAAUAUCACGUCUGGACCCACGAAGCGAGCAGAGAGUCCAUCAUUCGUACCACUUCAUACAGCCUCCCCGAGCACCUACACGAUCAUAUUGAUCUUGUCCAACCGACUACGUUGUUCUCGCGGUUUAGGAAAAUGGAGACCACCUAUCGCUUUAUCCAGGAAGUGCCAGCCGCCCAGGACACGACUCCCGGCUACAUUCCGGUCCCGUCUGCCUAUAAUGGAGAAGUUGACGCAAGCUGCAAUGGGACCAUAACCCCCACGUGCCUAAAGCAGCUGUACAACGCAGUGGGAUACGAACCCUCGGCGACGGGAGGGAAUCACAUUGCUGUCACCGGGUAUCUGGAGCAGUACGCAAAUUAUGAAGAUUUCCACAUGUUCAACGAGGCAUUAGUCCCAGCUGCUACUGGCUCAUCGUUUAACGUGGUCUACAUAAAUGGAGGCCAAAACAAUCAGACCCCAUCUGCUGCAGGCGUUGAGGCCGAUCUUGAUACUCAGUAUGCAUUCGGAUUGACAUAUCCCACUCCGAGAACGUUUUACACGACCGGAGGGAGCCCUCCUUUCCAGCCAGAUGACCUUGAGCCCACAGAUAGCAACGAGCCCUAUGCGAAUUGGCUUGCUUAUGUGCUGAAUAGCACAGAUCUUCCUCAGACGAUCUCCACUAGUUAUGGGGAUGAUGAGCAGACAGUGCCGUACAGCUAUGCCGAGCGCGUCUGCGCAGAAUUUGCGCAGCUCGGUGCUCGAGGCGUUUCCAUCAUGUUCAGCUCAGGCGACGGAGGUGUUGGCGACGGAGACCCAGAUCCAGCCACUCAGCUUUGUUACAGUAAUGAUGGACUAAACGUUACCAAAUUCAUACCCGGCUUCCCUGCAAGCUGUCCUUACGUUACAGCCGUUGGAGGUACAAUAUACGUGCCUGAAGUUGCAUUCAAUAUAUCCGGAGGUGGUUUUAGUGACUAUUUCCCUCGGCCAUCGUACCAAGACGCUGCAGUCAGCGCUUUCUUGGAGAAACUGGCCCCAGGCACAUAUGAGGGGCUCUACAAUCCGAACGGACGAGCCUACCCCGACGUCUCGGCACAAUCGAACUUCUUCGAGUUCUUUUGGGACGAGGCCGAGUACCUGGUCGGAGGAACGUCCGCGUCGUCUCCAACCUUCGCGGCCAUCAUAUCCUUACUCAACGAUGCACGCCUAGCAAACGGGCUUUCCCCGCUUGGGUUCCUCAACCCUCUAUUAUACCAGCUCGGAGCAUCCACGCCAUCAGCAUUCAACGAUAUCACCGUCGGCAAUAACCCUGGUUGUGGCACAGAGGGAUUCAAUGCUACGAUCGGAUGGGAUGCGGUCACUGGGUGGGGUACGCCCAACUUUGGUGUUCUGAAGGAGAUUGUGCUGGGCAACCUGUAA